CUGCGCACCGGCUGGGCCCCGCGCCUGCGCGUCUGCGGCUGUAAUUUGGUUCUGCUGUCCCAGGCGGGAUGGUGCCGCUGUGCCAGAUUGGCUGAUGUUAGAAAUCAGAUAAUAUUUGCUGUUCGUCAAGAAUAUGUCGAGCUUGGAGAUCAGCUCCUCCUGCUUCAACCUGGAGACGAAAUUGCCGUUAUCCCCCCCAUUAGUGGAGGAUAGUGCUUUUGAGCCGUCUAGGAAAGAUAUAGAUGAAGUUGAAGAGAAAUCUAAAGACAUUAUAAACUUUACUGCUGAGAAACUUUCAGUAGAUGAAGUCUCACAGUUGGUGAUUUCUCCGCUCUGUGGUGCAGUAUCUCUCUUUGUAGGGACUACAAGAAAUAACUUUGAAGGGAAGAAAGUCAUUAGCUUAGAAUAUGAAGCGUAUCUACCCAUGGCGAAAAACGAAGUCAAAAAGAUUUGUAGUGACAUUAGGCAGAAAUGGCCAGUCAAACACAUAGCAGUGUUCCAUAGACUUGGCUUGGUUCCAGUGUCAGAAGCAAGCAUAAUCAUUGCUGUGUCCUCAGCCCACAGAGCUGCAUCUCUUGAAGCUGUGAGCUAUGCCAUUGAUACUUUAAAAGCCAAGGUGCCCAUAUGGAAAAAGGAAAUUUAUGAAGAGUCAUCAUCUUGGAAAGGAAACAAAGAGUGCUUUUGGGUAUCCAACAAUUAAUCACUUAGUUUUUAGAGCCUGCAAUCUUAACUUUGUUAAACUAUUAUCAUUGAUCACAUUUUGAUUUUUUUCUCUCCACGUUAGGAUAGUUUACUGAAGCACAGUCUCUUAUGUUACACUAGUGGGACAAAAGGGAGAAAAAGGAGCAAGAUAAAUGGGUAUGUAGGAUGAAGGGUUAUUUAAAAUGGAACUAAAGAUAGAAGGAGGACUGUAGGAAAGAAAUAGAAUAAUUUAAAUGUGAGGAAAGAUGUCUGUGGUAGACAUAGCCUUCCAUGACUAAUUUCUAAUUGUAACUCAAACUCCCAUUGAGGUAUGGGCCCUCCUCAGUGACUUUAACUGACUCAGAAAGAUACUCCCCCACCACCCCCACCUCACCACCCCUGUCCUGGUUCAGGGAUAGCAUUAUUAUCAAGGAUGCAUGACAGGAAUGUUGGCAGAACUGGAAAGUAUUAAAAAAUCAUUAUCAGACAGUCUUGAUACAUAUUUUCAGAAAUAUAUUAAAAAUAAUAAACUGAAACUGAUUUCAAAAGUUUAAAAAUAGUAUUUUUUUUUUUUUAAAUUGCCUAAAAUAGUUCUUACUAUGGAGAUUUCUGGGAUUUCAGAAUCUAUAAUCUUACCAGAAAACUUUUUGUUUUUAUUGGUUGUUAAUUUUGUAUCAAUAUAUAAAUCAGGACAAAAUUGUCAUAAAUACCUGUUAUGAUUUUGUGUUUUAGGAAAUGUACGUGGUUUGUGUUAAAAUGUUUAGGUAAACAAUGCCCUAAUUUUUAGUUGGUUAAGCUUUAUAGUAUUUUGAUAGACUUGUAUAUAUAAGUCCCAUAUAUUUCUUAAAAUUUUUUUCCAGCUUUAUUGAGGUAUACUUGACAAAAAUUGUAUAUAUUUACAGUAUACAAUAUGAUGUUUUGAUACACAUAUACAUUGUGAGGUGAUUACCACAAUCCAGCUAAUUAACAUAUUCCUCACCUCACGUAGUCCCUUCUUCUGUGUGGUGAGAAUAUUUAAGAUCUACUCUCAGCAAAUUUCAAGUAAACACAUAGCUCAUAAAAUAAUAAAAUACUAGCACAAUUUGGGCAGUUGUCGUCAUCACAAAAUUUGCAUUAUGCAUAUUAAGAACAAAAGGUAUACUUUCAGACACUUAGAUUGAAGGAUUUUUUUCUUACGUUUGGGCAAAUAAGAAACCCUAGUAAUCCUAUUUGUUAUAUCCAGUGAAAACAUCUUUUACCUAAGGAACCCAUUUAUUCAACAAAUAUUUAUUGAAUGCCUAUUUUGUGCCAGGCACCCACCCAGUGAUCUUUUUCUACCAACCUAAAUACCUAGGGGAACACUCUGCAUCUUAUCUGUGGCUGGGACCCACAGGACAGCCACACUGACUUUAGGAAUCACCUGGUUACAUCAGUUGAUGCUUAUUCCUGGAGAGAUUGGUCCAGAAGGAUACUGAAAGGGCAGACAAACCCUUCUCCUACUUCCUCUGCCGGGUUCGGGUUGCCUAUUUGGUCUUAGCCUUACCCUCUCAGUUCAGUGUCACUCUGUGCUUGCCAUCGAGCUUCAGCCUGUCCCCAUUGGAGAGCAGCGGUGGGUGUUGGCUGUUGAUUAUAUCUGAAAGCACAUUAUCAUGGGGUUACUGGGUCACAGUAGAUAUUUCUAGGAUUUUGUACAUAGGUUGUUAAAUGGAUGUUUGUUUUGUCAUAUGCAGUGUUGAUAGGUAUAUGUUGAUUUCAAGAUUUUCUUUCUUAAAUAUUUCUUUAGAAGUUCCUUAUUGAGGGUAAUGAUGUUUUUAAAGAACAUAGAACAUUCUUUAUAUUUUAAAAGAAUCACGCCUUCAGUAAGUAGGCUUUAUUCUAAGUUUGGAACUGAGACUGUUAUGCUUUUAAAGUCUGUGAUAGAGAGGUUAAGGAGUUAACCUGGGGCAUGCCAGAACUGGGAUGGAACGGCCUUGAAAGAUUUUAGUGCAUUGCACUUGACUUAGAUAGGAUCUUUCCUGACCCUUGCUUACUUAGGAAUGGCAGAGUUAAUUGGUGGUUAAGGUAUUAAGGGGCUACUAUCACUCUGAUAUGUAGCUUUUCCAUCUCUGUAACUUGUCUUCAAGUAACUGGAAGAGUAAUAUAUAUAUAUUAAAAAAAAAAAUAGCCUUUAAUCAGAUUGCCUGCCGUGUUUCAUGGUCACUUUAAAGCCAUGACUUCUCAUGAUUGCUAGGUAAGUUCACUCAAGAAAUAGGAAAUUCAAAUUCUUUAUGUUUUAAGUAUUUUUGAACAAGUGGGAAAAUGAAAUUGAUUUUUAUCAUGUUUAAAUGAAAGUAACAGCAGAUAUUCAAUGAGUGACUUAUUUUGUGGAUAUUUUUGUCCUUUGGAUAUGAUGUGUAGAGUCACAAUAUAUUUUCAUCUUUUUUGAGAAAUUAGUGAUUUAGACAUCUUACAUAGUUACUGAGCACUUGGUACAGUAAAGAUCUCUCUUAAGGAUGAUUUGUGUGAUGUAGUUAGGUGGACCAUCCAGCAGAGGGCGGUAGAGCCAGGGCCAUAGUAAAAGUUACAGUAAAGUUGCUUUUAGCAACUUGAGUCUUAGAUUUAAUUUUGCAUAGAAUCAAAAGUUCAGUUUAGUAGCCAUUUUCUUUAAAGUCAGGCUGUAGUGGUUCCUAAAUGAAAAUUAGGCCCUGAUUUUGUGUAAGAUGAUGUCCAAUCUUUGACACCUUAAAAAUAUUAAAAGAUGAUGAUGAGGAAGGAGUUUUUAAAAAUGCAAUUUGUAGUUUUUAACAAGUGAUGUAGAAUAAAUAAAAGGAAGUACUUUUUAAAAAGUAAGUAUAAAAUUAUUUUCCAGUUAAUUCUAUGGGACAAAGUGAUUGCUUUAAUACAGGUCUUUUAACAGCAUUUCCUAACCUGCUCUGUGAAAAAGAAAUAAAAAGUAGUGCUCU